AAGUUUGCACCUAAAAAAAAAAUAUCAAUAUUAAGUCGUUCACAUAUCCAAAUUGUUUGUACCAAUAAAUAAAUACUACGUACUUCGUAAUAAAAAAUCUAAAGUUUCUUUUUUUUCUUCUUUGUUUGGGAGGGAAUCCGGCACCAGAAAAAGAAACACUACAGUCAACCUCACCAUAAGAAACUCAUUCAAUCAUUUUACGCCCUUGAUUUUCAUCAAUCAUAGACAAACAUUAGUCAUACACUCAUACGAAGUACUUCAUACGAGUACAUCAAUACAACAAUAGAUUCAGAGAAUUGAAGUGUACACUUGGGCACAGGAUAGCAAUUCCCAGUUUCUACUGAUACCCAAAACCCCACACUACGGAGCUUCAUUGCGCAUCAAUGGGGUUUUAUGCUUUCUUUUAACAAUUUCCCAACUACCCUUUUCUCUCUCCUCCACCCAGAUUCUGCAUUUUUCACUCUCCACUGUGAGACUCAGAAAUUGAUAACAAAGAACCCUUUUUUAUUUUCUCUCUCCUCAUUUCUGGGUUUAAGCUUUGAAGAUGGGGCUUGAGGGAAAAGAUGGCCUGGGCACCAGUAGUAACGGUAAAGAUGUUUUUGAUGAUAUUGAUCUGGAGACCUGGGAUGAUGAGGAUAUGUAUUCGGAUGACGAUGCUGAUGUUAUGGACAUGAGCUUGCAUGACCUUGGUGAGGCUUCAUUGAUGAACUUCUGCAAGAAAGCAUCGUCAUCUUUCUUCAAGCAGCACGGUCUCAUCAGUCAUCAGAUUAACUCCUACAACAGUUUUGUCCGUGAAGGUAUAAAGAGAGUUUUUGAUAACAUUGGUGAGAUAACUGUGAAUCCAGGCUAUGAUCCCUCGAAGAAGGGUGAGGGUGGAUGGAGAUAUGCUUCGGUAAGAUUUGGGAAUGUGGAGCUUGAGCGUCCUAUGUUUUGGACUGGAGAGAAGUUUCAUGCAGAUGGUGGGAAAGACUUCAUUAAGUUGCUUCCCCGACAUGCCCGGCUUCAGAACAUGACUUACUCUGCAAGAUUGAAAGUUGAGACUCACCUUCAGAUAUAUACCCAAGAGAAGGUCAAAAGUGACAAGUUUAAAACUGGUAAGUCAGAGUAUAUAGACAGAACUAUCGUGAAAGAUGAAACAACGGAUGUCAUCGUUGGAAGGAUCCCUGUGAUGGUGAAGUCUGAUAUAUGCUGGAUGAGUCAAGCUGAGAAAGGUGAUUGUGAAUUUGAUCAUGGAGGCUAUUUUAUAGUCAAGGGUGCUGAGAAGACAUUUAUUGCUCAAGAACAGAUCUGCUUGAAGAGGCUUUGGAUUUCUAAUGAACCCUUUUGGAAGGUUGCUUAUCGAUCUGAGUUCAAGAGGAGAAGGGUACAUGUCAAAUUAGUAGAGAAUCCAAAAGCUGAAAACAUCCAAGGAGGAGAAAAAGUUAUCAGUGUGUACUUUUCUAUUGCAGAAGUCCCUAUUUGGAUACUUUUUUUUGCCCUUGGUGUAUCAUCUGACAAGGAGGUGGUGGAAUUAAUUGAUUUCAGCACGGAUGAUGGCCGCAUCAGUAACAUCCUCUUUGCAUCCAUUCACGAUGCUGAUGAGAAAUGUGAUGGAUUUCGUCGUGGUGGCAAAGCUUUGGAGCAUAUUGACCAUAUAAUAAGAGAAUCUAAAUUCCCUCCCUCUGAGUCCACUGCAGAAUUUAUCGAAACAAACCUUUUCCCUAGCCUUUCUGGGAACAAGCAAAAAGCCCGCUUUCUUGGAUAUAUGGUUAAGUGUCUUUUGCAAGCAUUUUCAGGCAGGAGAAAGUGUGAUAAUAGAGAUGACUUUAGAAAUAAGCGACUUGAGUGUGCUUCUGAGCUUCUAGAGAGGGAACUUAGGGUCCAUAUGAGGCAUGCUGAGAAGCGAAUGGUGAAGGCAAUGCAGCGGGACCUUUAUGGGGAUCGUGAUCUGCAGGCUAUCGAGCACUACUUGGAUGCAUCAAUCGUCACCAAUGGUCUUACCAGAUCAUUUUCCACUGGUGCAUGGGCGCAUCCUUUCAAGAAAACAGACAGGGUUUCUGGUGUGGUUGCAAACCUCAGGCGAACUAAUCCGUUGCAGAGUACUUGUGAUAUGAGGAAAACUCGUCAGCAGGUUUCAUACACAGGGAAGGUUGGAGAUGCCAGAUACCCACACCCUUCUCACUGGGGAAAAAUAUGCUUCUUGUCUACACCGGAUGGGGAGAACUGUGGUCUUGUGAAGAACAUAGCUGCUACUGGACUUGUCAGUUGCAGUAUUAGUAAGAAUGACCUGUCUGAUAAUUUGGUGAGGUGUGGGAUGGAAAAAUUAGUGAGCGACACUUGUACUUCGCUGAGUGGAAAAGACAAGGUUUUUGUGGAUGGCGAGUGGGAAGGAGUAUGUGCUGAUUCCCUCUCCUUUGUUCAGGAGUUGAGAAGAAAGCGUCGGAAGAAUCGCAUUUCAAGCCAGGUUGAAAUCAAACGUGAUGUUCAAAAUUCUGAAGUGCGAAUAUUCUGUGAUGCUGGAAGAAUACUUCGACCUCUUUUAGUAGUUGAUAAUUUAAAAAAGACAAAGUUAUUGAAAGGGGAUGAGUUUUCUUUUGAGACCCUUCUAGAAAAAGGAAUAAUAGAAUUGAUUGGGACUGAAGAGGAAGAAGAUUGUCGCACUGCAUGGGGAAUUAAGUUCCUUUUUGAAGACAAGGGAAAAGACCCUGUCAAAUACACUCAUUGUGAGCUUGACAUGUCAUUUUUGUUGGGAGUCAGUUGUGGUAUUAUCCCCUUUGCAAAUCAUGAUCAUGCUAGGAGGGUUCUUUACCAAUCUGAGAAGCAUUCUGGACAAGCCAUAGGAUAUUCCAGCACUAACCCCAAUAUUAGAGUAGAUACCUUGUCCCACCAAAUGUACUACCCUCAAAGACCUCUCUUCCGUUCGGUGAUUUCUGAUUGUCUUGGAAAGCCAGGAUAUCCAUUAGGCCGCAACCAGAUACUUCCAAAGGCAGAAUUUUUUAAUGGUCAAAAUGGUAUUGUUGCCGUAAAUGUCCAUCUUGGUUAUAACCAAGAAGAUUCUUUGGUCAUGAAUCGAGCUUCCCUGGAACGAGGCAUGUUUAGGACUGAGCACACCAGGAGUUACAAGGCUGAAGUUGACAACCAGGAAUCAUCAGAAAAGAGGAGGAAGUUUGACGAUACUGUUAGUUUUGGGAAGAUACAGAGCAAAAUAGGACGGGUUGACAACCUUGAUGACGAUGGAUUUCCAUACAUUGGAGCAAACUUGCAGAGUGGAGAUAUUAUCAUCGGCAGAUGUGCGGAAUCUGGGGCUGAUCAUAGUGUCAAGCUAAAGCAUACAGAAAGAGGCAUGGUGCAGAAAGUUGUCCUGUCAGCAAAUGAUGAUGGGAAGAAUUUUGCAGUUGUAUCACUUAGACAGGUCCGUUCACCUUGUCUUGGUGAUAAGUUUUCGUCCAUGCACGGUCAAAAGGGUGUUCUUGGAUAUCUUGAGUCACAGGAGAAUUUUCCUUUCACAAAACAGGGGAUAGUGCCCGAUAUAGUAAUCAAUCCUCAUGCAUUUCCCUCUAGACAAACUCCUGGCCAACUACUGGAGGCUGCCCUUGGGAAGGGCAUUGCAUGUGGUGGCUCAUUGAAAUAUGCCACCCCAUUCUCUACUCUCUCUGUCGAAUCCAUAACAGAGCAGCUUCACAGGGCUGGAUUCUCAAGGUGGGGGAAUGAAAGGGUCUAUAAUGGAAGAACAGGAGAGAUGAUCCGUACCCUCAUAUUCAUGGGGCCCACUUUCUAUCAGCGUCUGAUCCAUAUGUCUGAAGACAAAGUCAAGUUUCGAAAUACAGGUCCCGUCCAUCCACUGACCCGGCAGCCGGUGGCAGACAGGAAACGAUUCGGGGGUAUCAAGUUUGGGGAAAUGGAACGGGAUUGUCUGAUCGCCCAUGGUGCUUCAGCCAACCUGCAUGAGCGACUCUUCACUCUAAGUGACUCGUCCCAGAUGCAUGUUUGCAGGAAGUGCAAGAACAUUGCAAAUGUGAUCCAAAGGACAGUCCCAGGUGGCAAAAAGAUUCGAGGGCCUUACUGCAGGUUCUGCGAAUCUGUUGAUGAAAUCGUGAAGGUGAAUGUGCCAUAUGGGGCCAAGCUGUUGUGUCAAGAGCUGUUCAGCAUGGGUAUUUCGCUUCGUUUUGAGACCCAGCUCUGUUGAUAUUAACCAAUCUUUCAUUCAGUAAAUCAGUAGCUAUCUUGACUAACAGUUCUGUUAAUAUUUAUGUAAGAUAUGGCAUUAUGCUUUUGUUCCUGUUUGACCCGGCAGAAAAAGGUGGAUAGUUUAGCCUAAUUUUCCAGCAGAUCGAACAUGCUUGGAAUCAUGAAGAAUGAGAGAAGCCAUUGUUUUAAUCUGACAUCUAGUUUGGUGUAAUUCCAAUUCUCGAUCUGUUAUUAACUUAAUUAUGCCACUCAUGUCCUUGUUCAAUCUUCUCCGACAAGAAUAAUGUAUGGUUUAUCACUUUUAAUCUUAGUUCAUUUAUCUGUUAUUAACUUGA